AUGAAUCUAUCUUCUGCUUUGUCAACUCUCCAACUAAGAGGCUGUAGAUUGCAAGGGAAAUUCCCAGAUAACAUAUUUGGGAGAUCAAACCUGCAGUUGCUCAAUUUAUUGGAAAACGAAUACAUUGAUGGCUCUUUUCCACAAAUCAAUGUGAGUAGUGCUCUUUCGUCUUUGGAUCUGUCAUUAACAAGAAUUUCAGUACAUUUAGAUCAUCAUUUCAUCAGGAAUCUGAAGUCUAUAAAAGCGUUGUAUCUUAGUAGCUCCAACUUUGUUGGAUCGACUCUGGCUCUGCUUGGUAACCUCACUCAACUCAUUGAGUUGGACCUUUCAAGUAACUUCUUUGGUGGUCAUAUCCCAUUGGCUUGGGGAAAACUUGAGCAGCUCAAUUACUUGAAUCUUAGAUCCGAUAAUUUUAUGGGUUCGAUUCCCGAUGAUUUUCUUAACCUCAAGCAACUCAGGAGGCUGGAUCUCUCAUAUAAUAGUUUCGAAGGUCAUCUCCCAUCCUCACUUGGAAACCUUAAGCAGCUCAGUUACUUGGACCUGUCCACCAAUAAUUUUACUGGCCAAAUUCUGAACGAGUUUACUAACCUUACGCAACUCACCUUCUUGGACCUCUCAUAUAACAACUUCUACACUUUAUCCUCGCUUGGAACUCUAAAGCAACUCACUGUUUUGUCUCUUUCAAACAACAAUUUUACCAGUCGGAUUCCCAAUGAUUUUGGUAACCUUACGCAACUCACAUCCUUGGACCUCUCUAAUAACAACUUCCAAUGUCGAAUCCCAUCCUUCAUUAGCAAAUUUAACCUCCUCCAUUCCUUGGAUCUUUCAUCCAAUAAUUUUUCUGGUCAAAUUUCCGUUGAUUUUUCUAACCUCACACAACUCAGUAAGCUGGACCUCUCAAAGAACAAUUUUGGUGGUCAGAUUCCAUCCUCACUUGGGAAACUUGAGAAGCUGCAUUUCUUGGAUCUUUCUUUCAAUAAUUUUACCGGUGAAACUCCGGAUGGUUUGUUUAGCCUCACCCAACUUUCUUAUUUGUACCUAUCAAACAAUAGACUGAUAGGUCCCAUCCCAUCACAAAUAAGUAGGCACUCAGGUGUAAUGUGGCUCUACUUGUCUCAUAACUUGCUCCAUGGAACGAUUCCAUCCUCUUUGUUUGCUAUGCCUUCUUUGCAGGUUCUCUUACUUGACAAUAAUCUUUUCAGUGGCCAUAUAAGUCAAUUCCGUUCCAAUUCAUUGCAAUAUAUCGAUUUUAGUCAUAACAAGCUUCAUGGCCUAAUUCCACCUUCAAUUUUCAAGCUUGAAAAUUUGGUAGCUCUUAUUCUUUCCUCCAAUGAUAAACUGACAGGGGAGAUCUCUCCUGUCAUUUGCAAGCUGCAAUUCCUCGAAAUUGUUGACUUGUCUUACAACGGCUUUAGUGGCUUCAUCCCACAAUGCUUGGGAAACUUCAACAAUAGCCUCGCAUUGUUGCAUCUUGAUGCAAACAAUCUCCAAGGCACUAUCCCUUCAACAUUUUCAAAAGGGUGUAGCUUGAGGUAUCUCAAUUUCAAUGGCAAUCAAUUGAAAGGGGUUAUACCACCAUCUGUAAUCAAUUGUAUGAAUUUAGAAUUUCUGGACCUUGGCAACAACAUAACAGAUGACACCUUUCCCUUCUUUCAAGAAACACUUCCGGAGCUGCAAGUUCUUGUUCUUCGAUCCAAUAAACUUCAUGGUUUUCUGGAGGGGCCUAUUGCCAAUUCUCCCUUUCCUAAGCUGCGGAUUUUUCACCUCUCCAAUAACAGUUUGGGUGGGCCCUUACCAACAGGGUAUUUCAUGAAUUUCAAAGCAAUGAUGAACGUUGGUCUUGACAUGAAAUACAUGGAGGAUGAAAGUUACGACUAUUCUGACAAGGAGACGAAAAUGGUUUGUGAGGAUGGUUGGAGGAGAACGAAGUCAAAAGGCAAGAAGGAUUCAGAAGAAUGGUCGUAG